CCAACCCAUACCACCAGACUCCUCCCGACGUUUCACGAACACUCUCCACUUUUCUCUCAGACAAUACAUCAAACACUCUCAAUUCACAACGUAAAGCUCUGUAUUUUUAUGGUUUGAGGGCUUCAUUUUCAAAACCCAUCACCAAGAACACAAAGGAAAAGAAAAGAAGGUUUACUGUGAGUUUUCUAAAUUCUCACGCAAAGUUUGUAUUUCAUUAUUUUUUUCAUAAUUCUAGGCAACUGUAAAUAUUCCCACUUUCUAUAUUAAAGUAACUCUUAACUUAUAACUAUUACUGGAAAAACCUUGAGUGGAGUGGGGAGCUCUGCUCUGGCAACAAUGGCCUCCACCACUUCCUUUGCUUCUGGGGUCAGUCUUCAUCUUUCUUCCAACCGUUGUAGUAGAGCUGCUCUCUUUGCUCGGCCCCAGCUUUCUUUGAUCUUUCCGCGGACACCCAAUUCGUUUCGGGCCUUAAAGUCGCUGCAAUUGAAACGAAAUGGUGCGUUCUCAAACGGGAUUCAAAGAUUUGGUCGGAGUUCGAGGCGGCUUGUUGUUCGUUGUGAUGCUUCGACUGGAAGGCAGAUUACUCAACAAGAGUUCACUGAGAUGGCUUGGCAAGCCAUUGUUUCUUCUCCGGAAGUAGCGAAAGAGAACAAGCAUCAGAUAGUGGAGACUGAACAUCUGAUGAAGGCCCUCUUGGAGCAGAAGAAUGGCCUUGCUCGUAGGAUUUUCUCAAAAGUUGGGGUCGACAAUACUCGUCUUCUUGAGACCACUGAUAAUUUCAUCCAACGCCAGCCGAAGGUUCUGGGUGAGUCUGCAGGUUCGAUGUUAGGCCGUGAUUUGGAGGCUCUAAUUCAACGUGCCAGAGACUACAAGAAAGAGUAUGGUGACUCGUUUGUGUCUGUGGAGCAUUUGGUUCUUGGUUUUGCUCAAGACCAACGGUUUGGGAAGCAAUUGUUGAAGGAUUUUCAGGUGCCUGCUCAAAGUUUGAAAUCCGCAAUAGAGUCCAUAAGGGGACGCCAAUCAGUAAUCGACCAAGAUCCUGAAGGGAAGUAUGAAGCAUUGGAAAAGUAUGGGAAAGACUUGACAGCCAUGGCAAAAGCAGGAAAGCUUGAUCCUGUAAUAGGAAGAGAUGAUGAAAUACGCAGGUGCAUUCAGAUUCUCUCUAGAAGAACAAAGAACAAUCCUGUACUCAUUGGUGAGCCAGGAGUGGGAAAAACAGCUAUUUCUGAAGGGCUUGCCCAAAGAAUUGUGCACGGUGAUGUGCCACAAGCUUUGAUGAAUCGUAAGCUUAUAUCCCUUGACAUGGGUGCACUCAUUGCUGGGGCAAAAUACAGGGGUGAAUUUGAAGAUAGGCUAAAGGCGGUUCUUAAGGAAGUAACAGACUCAGAGGGCCAGAUUGUCCUUUUUAUUGAUGAGAUCCACACAGUUGUUGGUGCAGGUGCCACAAAUGGUGCAAUGGAUGCGGGCAAUCUCUUGAAGCCUAUGCUUGGACGAGGAGAGUUACGGUGCAUUGGUGCAACAACACUAGAUGAAUAUCGCAAGUACAUUGAGAAAGAUCCUGCAUUGGAGCGUCGUUUCCAGCAAGUAUAUGUAGAUCAACCUACAGUUGAAGAUACCAUAUCAAUCCUCAGGGGAUUGCGCGAGAGAUAUGAGCUGCAUCAUGGAGUCCGAAUAUCUGAUGGUGCUCUUGUUGAAGCUGCUAUUCUAUCAGACCGUUAUAUCAGCGGGAGGUUUUUACCUGACAAAGCUAUUGACUUAGUUGAUGAAGCAGCUGCUAAACUGAAAAUGGAGAUUACUUCAAAACCCACUGCUCUUGAUGAGAUCAAUCGUUCAGUGUUGAAACUUGAGAUGGAACGGUUAUCUCUUAAAAAUGAUACAGAUAAAGCUUCUAAAGACAGGUUGAGUCGCCUUGAUGCUGAGUUGUCUCUCUUAAAGGAGAAACAAGCGCAAUUGAGUGAGCAAUGGGAGCAUGAAAGGUCUGUGAUGACUCGGCUUCAGUCAAUCAAAGAAGAGAUUGACAGGGUAAACCUUGAGAUCCAGCAGGCUGAACGGGAGUACGAUCUUAACCGUGCAGCUGAACUGAAGUACGGGAGCCUGAACUCAUUGCAGCGCCAACUUGCUGGUGCAGAAAAAGAGUUGGACGAGUAUAUGAAAUCAGGGAAGUCCAUGCUCAGAGAGGAAGUUACUGGAAAUGAUAUUGCUGAAAUAGUCAGUAAAUGGACCGGUAUUCCUGUUUCCAAGCUUCAACAGUCCGAGAGAGAAAAACUGCUCCACUUGGAGGAAGAGCUGCAUAAACGUGUGGUUGGUCAGGACCCUGCAGUAACUGCUGUCGCGGAGGCCAUCCAACGAUCACGAGCGGGUCUAUCAGAUCCUCACAGGCCAAUUGCUAGCUUCAUGUUUAUGGGGCCAACUGGUGUUGGGAAGACAGAACUAGCCAAGGCCCUCGCAUCUUACAUGUUCAACACUGAAGAAGCACUUGUGAGAAUUGACAUGAGCGAAUACAUGGAAAAACAUGCCGUAUCAAGAUUGAUUGGUGCGCCACCUGGUUAUGUAGGGUACGAGGAGGGAGGACAGCUGACAGAGACUGUUCGCCGGAGGCCUUAUGCAGUUAUUCUGUUUGAUGAGAUUGAAAAGGCACAUUCUGAUGUCUUUAAUGUUUUCCUUCAAAUAUUAGACGAUGGCAGAGUAACCGACUCGCAGGGUCGCACUGUGAGUUUCACAAAUACUGUCAUCAUCAUGACAUCCAAUGUUGGCUCACAGUACAUUCUCAACACAGAUGAUGAGACCUCACCAAAGGAGUUGGCCUAUGAAACCAUAAAGCGACGGGUAAUGGAAGCUGCGAGAUCUGUCUUUCGCCCUGAGUUCAUGAACCGUGUGGAUGAGUAUAUAGUAUUCCAGCCCCUGGACCGUGAACAGAUCAACAGCAUUGUCCGCUUACAGUUGGCACGAGUGCAAAAGAGGAUUGCAGAUCGUAAAAUGAAGAUCACAGUGAGCGAAGCAGCUAUCGAGCUUCUCGGAAGCCUUGGCUAUGAUCCAAACUAUGGUGCCAGGCCGGUGAAGCGAGUGAUACAACAGUUUGUUGAGAAUGAACUUGCCAAAGGCAUAUUGAGAGGAGAUUUUAAGGAAGAAGACAGUGUGUCGAUUGACACAGAAGUGACACCCUUCUCCAACGGCCAGCUCCCCCAGCACAAGCUAGUCUUCCGGAGGCUAGAGACUGAAACUGAGCCUCAAGCUGCAGAAGGUCAAGAGGCUUUGUCAGGAACUGUAUAAUUGUCUUCCUUUGGAUUUAGCCUCCUCUUCUCUUCACAAUAAAAUAGCUUUUCACCUAAAUUUUGGAACAUAUAUCAAUGCUUUGCUAGAGCAACAAGUUAUUGUAUAUGGCUUCUUCUACCUUAAAUAGAAAUUCUUUGAGCUACGGUUUCUUUAGUGUCAAUAAAAAUAAAUAAAUAUAUCAAAUCAAAUCAGUGAUUGAUUCUUA